AUGAAGUUCCCAACCUCGAUUCUCUCUCUUGUCGGUAUUCUGGCCUCGCGUGCUGAAACCGAAACAAUCUGCAAGCCAUCCCCAAAAGUCACCCCGAAGCCACAAUAUGAAUUCACUAUCAACCUCACCCUAGGAGCCGGCACCAACGUCGGUAUUGACAUCUGGAGCGCCCACCGGACCUAUCUCCCGGUCAUUGGAGGGACUUUCUGUGCCAAGUGGAACGAAGGAGUUGCCGGUAAAGUUGUGUCCGGCGUUGCCAAUUACUACCAAACUGCCAAUGGAACUGGCCCGUAUAAGCUCGAGCUUGAGUACUUGAUUCAGACCUCGGAGAUUCCCCCUGCUUCGAUUGUGGUCAAGCAGACGGGGUGGGAAGUGAAUUUUGUGGGGAGGACGACUUACGUCUUUGAGACGGGAGAUUCUAAGUAUAGUUUCAUUAAUAGUGGGGUGUACAUUGGCGUGGAGACUGCAUAUGUGGUGAAUGGAACGUCGACUUACUCUUCUGUUGAUGGGUAUAGUCUCGUUUGA